ACAGCUGGAAUAAAAAGGGCUGUGUUUUGAAGAUAACAUGGCUCUAAAAAGCUUCGAAGCGGUGUGAAGGAAGCUUUGUGCAACUUUUGGCGAGAAUCGGGGUUAGCAAAACCUCAGCUGUUCACGGCCACUAAAACGGCCCGGGCCGCCCCUCCAUGAGCUAGAGUAGACGUCUCUAUGGUCUAGUAAACAGAGAAGUUUCUCUCUUCCCCACGCGGUGGGGCUGCGCAUGAGCAGUAGCCGCAGAGUUGGAAAGAUGGCGGAGGAAGAGCCAAGAAAAAAGAUCCCUUUGGUUCCAGAAAAUCUCCUGAAGAAGAGGAAGGCUUAUCAGGCCCUGAAAGCCACCCAGGCAAAGCAGGCGCUUUUGCAAAGGAAGGAGCAGAGGAAAGGAAAAGAGAUCAAGUUUAAGCGACUAGAAUGGUUCCUACAUGAUUCCUGGCGGCAACUACGUGACAGGGUGCGACUCAGACGACUAGAAGUGAAACCUCAUGGCUUGGAAGUGCCAGAUAAACAUUCCUUGGCCUUUGUUUUACGCAUCGAAAGGAUUAAUGGGGUGAGUUUACUGGUGCAGAGGACCAUUGCAAGACUUCGCCUGAAAAAGAUUUUCAGUGGUGUCUUCAUGCAAGUAACUCCUCAAACCAUAAAAACGCUUCGUAUAGUGGAACCUUAUGUGACCUGGGGAUUUCCAAAUUUGAAGUCAGUUCGGGAACUCAUCUUGAAACGUGGACAAGCCAAGGUCAAGAAUAAAAUCAUCCCUUUGACAGACAACACAGUGAUUGAGGAGCACCUGGGGAAGUUUGGUGUCAUUUGCUUGGAAGACCUCAUUCACGAAAUUGCCUUUCCGGGAAAGAAUUUUCAGGUGAUCUCAGGGUUCUUGCGCCCUUUCCAACUCUCAGUGGCCCGUCACGCUACCAAGAAUAGAGUGGGCUUCCUCAAGGAAGUGGGCUCACCUGGCUAUCGAGGUGAACGCAUCAAUCAGCUCAUCCGGCAGCUGAACUAAACCCAGCAUAUCUGAAAGCACAGUGCAUUGGAAGCAUAUGUUUUUGUAUUAUGGAAUUGUUACCCAGUAUCUUCAAGCAAGAUUAUUUUCUGCUGUAUCAUCUUCAGAAACUGGAGGGGAAGGGUCAGGGAAAAGAUGGUGAUGUUCAGGGCAGGCACUUUUCAUCCCACUUCAGUUCCAAGAAAAGUUCCUGUGUGUUUUCUGCAAAGACCGCCGUCCACCUCUGAAACCAGCAAAGGACUUGUGCCAUGGAGGAGGGAGUCCUAUUUUAUCACACCUAUCCUGGGAUUUAAUGUUGGUGAACGAACGAAUACCCACAUACCAAUACAAGACAGCAGUGGACCAGGCCCAGGGGCAUAUUGAACCUGGGGUAUCCAAGGGCCUUGUUUUGGAAAGAACUUGAAAUACAAUUAGAAAGAAGCACACAAAAACAA